AAAAACAGUUAAAUUAAAAUUAGUUGCUGUUUAAAUAAAAACUGGUUACACUCCAUAUUUGCGGUCGAAACACAUUCGUAUAUGAAGUUGAAACGGUGGUUUUGUGUAUAAUGUUGGCACAGGAGAUUGCACCGACUGAAAUAGGCAAACACGAAAAUAUAAUUAGAGUUGCCCAAGAGGAAUUAGCCAAUAUGGAUGUGCUGGUUUGUGGCCGCUGUUUACGCGCCUUCAACUUUGUCGAGGAGUUCCAGGCCCACAAGGAGGACGAUGCAUGCGAAAAGGAAAACUCGAGCCUUAAAGAAUCGCUCGACACGAAGCCAACAAUUUGGGCAUUUACGCUGUGGAAGGCGACACAGUUGCACACCCGCAGGGAGAGCAACUCCUCAAAUUCGUGGGCACUUUAUCAGCACUGGGUGAAGCUGGAGGAGAGCGUGAGAGAGCCAUGGAUUGUCGCCGGCAGGACAAUACAGUCCUUCGGCAAAAUCGGACAUGGUCCGCUACAGGAUAUGCCUGUGCGCAUCACUAAAACUGUUGUCAAUCCAAACAACAAUAAUAAUAACAACAACAGCACUGCUAACAGCAAUAACACAUCCUCCAGUGUCUCACCUACAAGAAGAUCUCCCGCUGGCAAGCAGUCGACGGCUGUUUCACAACUAAAGGAUACGGAAAAUGAGCGACCCAAAUCCAAACCGGGCACACCAACACCCACUGGCGGCACCGUGGGAAGUCUCAGUGGCGCUGUGAAGAACAAUAAUCGCAUUGCCAUACGUGUCGAUCCAAAAACUGAGCAACGCACCGAGGAGGCUGUUGAGAGUAUUGUGGCGAAACGGUUUAAUCCACGCCGUAAGACACAUGAAUAUCUGGUUAAAUGGAUCGAUCGAUCGCACAAUGAGAACACCUGGGAGGUGAUGGCUAAUCUGGAGCGUGUACCGUACUUUCUGCAAAUGUUUGAGAAGCAACUGGCACGCCAGAAGCUCAAGCGUGAGAAGAGCCUCGAUGCUCUCAAGCGUAUGCAAGAAAAACCGUCGCAGCAGUUGUCAUCUGCUGGUGGCAAAACUGAUUCUGCACCCAACAGUCCGCAAUCGUCAGCGGCCAUUUCACCGAAUUCGUCGGGCGUUGGCUCAUCGCGUCCGUCGCGCACUUCGAAGACAAAAGCGAUGGAUCAAUUUAAGCAAUGGGUCAACGAGAGUUGCACCUUUGAGGGCUCCACAUCGCCAUCGUCGGCCAACGAGGAUGAGUCUGCCACGGAACAGGAAUGGUCAACGCCUACAACCAUGAAACGCAAAUUAAAUCAUGCUGACUCGAGUGCCGAGGCUGGCAAUCUCAAUGCCUCCAAUGAUUCCAUGGAUCUCGAAGAUCUUGAAGAGGAUUUAAUACCAUCGCAUACGGUGAAGCGUUUAAAAAACGGCGGCAGUUCCGUGCAGCUGAAUAAGCCCAAAAUGCAAACGUCAAUGCAAUCAACAACGCCUUCGCGCAUCAAUGGCAAUUCAUUGUCGAAUUCCAUCUUGGGCGAUAAAGAUACAAAAAUGGGUGAUAUCAUCUACACGGAGGAUAUCACCAGUUCGGGCGUCUUCCGCAAGCCCGAAAUGCCGAAUACUACACAAACAAAGCGUCAGAAAAUCGAGAGUCCUGUGCGUUAUUUGUCUCACUCUGAAAUUGUCAGCAGUAACCGAGGCAUUUUCCGCAUGGAACAAACGGAAACCACCAGCGCAAUUUCGCCAGCUCCCAAGAUUGGCAGCAGCUCCUCGGCGGUAGGCAACACAUCCACAUCAUCGGGUAAUGUGCCGGCUGCAAAGCGUAUGGCUGCCGCUCGAGUGGCAGCCAACAAUUCCCCGGUGACUGUGGGUCAGCGUACUCAUGUGUUGCGCACACCUGGACAAACAGCGCAACUGCAACGUCGUCCCAUGGCCAGCAGCACUAGCACUCCAAAUGCACUGCGACAGGGACCGAUGCCCGCACGAACCGGAGCACGCAUGCUGGUCACGCGCGCUAACACGCCACAGCAUCAGCAGCAACAACAUCAACAGCAGCAGCAAAGGCAAGUUGUUGGUGGCAAGGCUGUGACGCCCGAGCAAAAGAUAUUGCAGCUAUCGAAGAGUGGGGAUCUCAAGGUGACGCGCAAAGUGAUGACUCGCGAGGAUCUGCUGGCACAGCGAGCGGCGCAGGUGCGUCAACAGCGACAACAACAAGCCCAGGCGAUGCAACAACAGCAGCAGCAACAACAGCUGCAGCAUCAACAGCAACAACAACAGCAGCAGGUGCAAACCCAGAAAGUGCAACAGCUGACGCCGCUGAUGAGGCAACAGCGGCAGGUGAACGCAACCGCGCAAGCGAAGCCUCAGCCCAUUCAAAUUGAGAUGGAAGUGGAGCAGGAAGAACUCACACAGCAUCAGGCCCAGUUAUGCCCGAUCACUGGCAAAUUGAUUGGCCAGGAGGAGACACAACUGCAAAUGGAGCAGGAACAGCAUGAGGAGCAGCAGCGCGAACAGCUCGAAGCUGCCGCUCAGGCGCUGCUGGGCGGCGACCAGCAGGUGCUCACUAAUGAGGAUGGCUCCGCGUUGCUGGUGCGCGGCGAAGAUGGCACCGUCUAUCAGGUCGCUGGCAAGAAUGCCGAAGGCCAGACAAUACUCGUCACCCAAGGACCCGAUGGUGAACAACAGUUUGCCUAUGUUGCCGCCGCCGAGGGUGAGGAUCAGGAUGUACUCACACUGGAUAAUGCUGUUGCCGAGGCCGUUGCUGCCGUUGGCCAGCAAAGCGAUCCGACUGCCGAUGGUGGUGGCGAGCACAUCUUGGUCAAUAUGACUGAGGAGGAACUCGCACAGCAUCAGGCUGCCCUGCUGCAACAGCAGCAGCAGCACCAACAACAACAACAGGAAGCAGCGCCAGCGGGCAGCACACCGCCCACGGCUCAGAUUCACAUCACAACAUCUGAUGGCGACGGCACCGAGGCACAAAUACCCGCCGAAGUGGUCCAAGCGGAUCUGCCAUCGCCGGGUGGAACGCGUCGCGUUGUUUUGCUGCUGCAGGAUGGCACAUUUAUGAUGACUGAUAUGGCGGACGAUCAGUUCAAGACGCUAAAUAUCCAGACGUAAAUAAAUACAAAAAUAUCUAUCCUUAACUAUCUUCUAGGCAUAUAGUAUGUGUAGGUUAUGAAGCAUUAGUAUGAUAUAUAUAUAUACAUAUAUAUAUAUAUAUAUAUAUACUUAUAUAUAGCCACGGGCCGUUCAUUGCUAUGAAUAAGAUGUAUACACAAGGAUACACACACACACACACACACAGGAAGCCACUUAGACUUUAAGCAUAAAGCAUUAACCUAAAUCCCGUAGCUCUGAGAUCCCAUUAUGCCAAUCAAUCAUAUCGCACCUCUUGAGCAUUCGCAUUCCUCCCAUUUGCUCGACAGUUAUAUAUAUAUAUAAUUGAUAUUUUUUUAUUCCAUUUUUAUCCCCAAACAAAUAUCACAACAAGCAGGCAGAAUUAGCGAGUACUUUUAGAGAGUAAAUAUUAUUCAAUCUGUUUGUGGCGUAUUUGAAUAGUAGUCGAAAGCUAUGCAAAAUUUGAAGUAUAGUUUUUAACAAUUGCUAUUUGGCGAGGCGGGCGGCAAAUCCAUGCGAAAUUUUAAAUGUAUACAAUCCUGAUCUAGAAACAACGGCAAAAAAAAAAGAAAAAAGUUCGCAUUAAAAAGAAAAAACUUACCUACAACAAAUUACUUGUAAUUGUAAGAAUUAAAACAAAUAACAUAAAACAAACAAAAAGAAUGAUAAAAUGC